UUGAAGGUGUUUAUGGUGGGAAAGCCCGCCUGGAACGUCUUCCGGACAAACAACAGUUUAAAAUGAUGCGAUUAUCGCGCUGAGUGCCGUUAAAGCACUGGGGGGGCUGUCGCGGUUUACCUGCACACUAAAACACACAGCAGCUCAUAUCUGUCUUAAAGCGAGGCCCGGAGGACGAAAACAGAAGAAAUAGAAAAUACCAGAAAGUAAAUAAACAGGAGAAAUACGCUAACUUGGCUGGUGCGGUUUCUGAAGAGCACCUGGGGUCAACAUCUGCACAGUGGCCAGGCGUCCAUGCUGGACUCCCUGAUCUCGCUGCGUUAGGAUCCGUGAGGCUGGGAGAGACGACGCCCGACUGUCUGCCAAACCUUCCCACCCAGCAUGAUGGCGUCCAGCGACGUAGACAGCCGAGGUGAAGCUUUGUUGUCCGAUCAAAAUCCGUCUGAGCUGGACGCCCUGUGUCCGUCUCCUCCGGGACCGUCCAGACCCCAACGCAACUAUGAGAGGAUCGGAGGACGGGCGGGGACCUCUUUUUUCCAGACUCUGAUCCACCUGCUCAAAGGGAACAUUGGUACAGGCCUGCUGGGUCUGCCUCUGGCUGUCAAGAAUGCAGGGCUGGUGCUCGGACCCAUCAGUCUUCUGGUCAUGGGCGUCAUCGCGGUCCACUGCAUGAAGCUGCUGGUGACGUGUUCACACCACCUCAGUGCAAAGAUGAACCGAUCAUCUCUGACCUACGGCGAGGCGGUGCAGUACGGGAUGGAAAACGUGCCGUGGCUGAGGCGACAUUCACAGUGGGGAAAGCGGACCGUCAACCUGUUCCUCAUCAUCACACAGCUGGGCUUCUGCUGUGUCUACUUCGUCUUCCUCAGUGACAACGUCAAGCAGGUGGUAGAAGCUGCCAAUGCCACCACUGUCAGCUGCCAGACGAACUACACCAACCAGACCCAGGUCCUGGUCCCGAGCUUUGACUCCCGCCUCUACAUGCUCUGCUUCCUGCCUGCCAUCAUCCUGCUGGUAUUCAUCCGCAAUCUGAAGUGCCUGGCCCCGUUCUCUCUGGGGGCCAACGUGGCCAUGACGGCCAGUUUGUUCCUGAUCUACUACUACUCGCUCACGAACAUCCCAAACCCUAUCGACCUCCCGAAAGUCGGCAGAGCUAAAGACUACCCUCUCUUCUUCGGAACGGCCAUCUUUGCCUUCGAAGGCAUCGGAGUGGUUCUGCCACUGGAGAACAAGAUGCACAGGCCUCAGAGGUUCACCCAGGUUCUCUAUUUGGGCAUGGGCAUCGUCACCUUCCUCUACAUCAGCCUGGGGACCAUAGGAUACAUGUGCUUCGGAGAACACAUCGGUGGCAGCAUCACGCUGAACCUGCCCAACUGCUGGAUGUACCAGGUCGUGAAGCUCCUGUACUGCUUUGGGAUUUUCAUCACCUUUGCCCUGCAGUUCUACGUCCCAGCAGAGAUCCUCAUACCGUCCAUGGUGGCUCGCGUGUCAGAGCGGUGGGAGACCGCCAUCGACCUGCUGCUGCGUUCUGUCAUGGUUAUCUUCACAUGUGCCCUCGCCAUCCUGAUCCCAGAGCUGGACCUCGUCAUCUCGUUGGUGGGCUCGGUCAGCAGCAGCUUCCUGGCGCUCAUCUUCCCACCCCUGCUGCAGCUCAUCGUUUUCUACGGCGAGGGCCUGUCACUGCCGGUGAAAGUCAAGAACCUCGUCAUCAGCCUGGUGGGGCUGGUCGGCUUCGUCACGGGGACCUACAUUGCCAUCGUGGAGAUCAUUGCCCGCAACGGACACAAGCGCGACGAGACGUUGUCCACCUUCUUGGUUCAGUGAUGAAGUGGCGUGACUCCCGGCGGGUGGACGGAAGCCUGCUUGGGCCAUUUGAAACCAUUUUAGUGCACAUUUGAACUUUUAUCUCGUUUUAUCUGCUGCUGUUGGACAUCACAGCUGUUUCUAGAUAAAUCUGUGAUGUGUCUAUGAGUACGGAGCGUGGAGAACCUGUGGUGCUCAAUGUUUCAUGUUCUGUUUGUACCUGACAGUCACGUUUUAUCAAGUCCAGCCUUUUAGUGCAAUCUAACAGGUUAAUGAUGAUGGAGAAGUUAGGAGAUUCUUACGGGGGUUAGAGGUAAUUUAUCCUUUUGACUGAUUCUUGUUUGUGGUGUUUUAGUCAGAAAAUCGAACUACCUCAGUAACCGCGCUCGGUUUUAACAUCCAGAUUAGACGCCGUCGCCGAGACUGUGUGAAAUUUGGAGCCUCGUAAAAAACCUUUGCUUCACGCAGCCCCCAGUUUAGAAGUAAACAUGUUUGUCUCGCACUUUGAUUUCUGCCUUAUUCACUUUGACUGUAGUUUUAUAAAUCGCUUUAAGAAAAUAAAAAUCCGCUGUUGCUUGGGUUGAGGGUCGCAGCCGUUCUGACCGUAACACCUCAAGUCGCCGGGAGAUCAUUCGUAUCUCGUCACAGCAGACUCACCAGGAUGAUACAACAGCUUUUAAACAGUACAGCUGCUCUCCUGCUCUCACCUCUGGGUCAAACUGUCAGCGGUGACCAACAGAACGAAGUCACAGGUACAAGAGGCGGAGCCUGUGAGGGUCUCUGGAUCCUCUUGGAGGAGUGUGGCAGGUGUGCGGGGAUUAAAACCCCCUAAAAACGUGCCAGAUGUUCUUGUGAAUAUUACAGCUACGUUAGUGCCCGAUGAUCAGCCGCUAUGACAACAUCUACAACACCGCAUACAAACAAACGCCAUCAGGUUUUAAGGAUUUGGGCGUCGGCUUGUUGUGAGACGUUGGCCAUUCGGUUUUUAAGUUUUAAGUUCGCCAAAACGAAAGCAUACGUGUCCAUGCCCACAUAUUGGAUUUUAUUCUGGAACAGAUAAAAGUCAGACUGAUGAAAUAAAGUCAAAUAACAAACACGUGGGACAAACAGUCACCCUGAACCACAUUUACACCGUAGUUUAAUGUCAGAGUUUCAACACAUUUAAAAUGUUGUUUUCGUAUUUGUUUUUAUGCUUUAAUGUUUUUACCGUAAAUUAAUGGUUGGAUUUUUUUAUGGGGUUUUUCAUAUUUCGACUCUCUGUAAAUGUUGGGUUUAGCUGCAUGUAUCUAAUAAAGCAAGUUUUAACUGCAGGCUUGUAGGUGUUGUCGACGCCUCACAGUGAAGCGUCUGUGCUGUCGUGUGUCUUCGGUGUCCAUGUGGCAGUAGAUAAGACUUCCAGUUUCCCUUCACCUGUGAAAUCUGCCUCAUGCAGGGCUGGAAGUCCUUCCAUGUAUAUAUCCAUCCAUCGCCCAUGUAAAUGUUUGCACAUGUAAAUACUCAUCUAAACUUUAAUUUCCCUUUUCUGUCGUAAGUGUUGGACUGCAGCUGAUCAAAUGAGUGCAUUUCAAUAUGAAAACAUCAAGAAAUGUAAAAUAUUCCAAACUUCAUCCAGCGGACGGCCUGCGUCCUUCAUAUGUGUGAGACCUUCAUUUGCUAAAGCACUCUCAUUUCUUUACUCCUUUCUCAGAAUAAAGAUGUUGAAAGUCCAA